AUGUGGGUAAUAGGGCCGUAUAUUCGCAUUGAGAGGCGCGAGUCUCUACAUCGCUGUGAAGAUUGCUAUGGGCCGGAAAUUUUAUGCAAGUCUUGUUGUUUAUUAAAGCACGCACGCGAGUAUUUCAAAGUUCUGGCUCUAUUUCCAUUUUUUGACAAUGCACAGAAAUGGACCGGAACUUAUUUUGAGCGCAUUGCCCUGGCGGACAUGGGCUUGAGAGUCCAACUAGGACACCAAGGAAUGUCAUGCUUAUGUCCACAAAGAGGGCACGUCUCUUUUGUCGUUAUUCACACUAACGCAAUCCACCAUCGAGUGUCUCAUCGCCAGCAACUGUUACAUUGCGAGUGGUAUCCGGCUACCUUACACUUUCCUCAAAGUGCCUGUACAAAACGGGUUCUAGAGUUCUUCCUCGUUUUGACGUGGUCAAGCAAAGUAUCUGGCUACGAGUUCUAUACAAGUCUCGAACGACUCACUGACAACACGCAUUUAAACGUACCUAAGUAUAAAGAAUUCAUGCGGAUGGUUCGUCAAUUUCGACAUAUUAAAUUGAUGAAGCAAGCUGGUCGUGGCAAUGUAACCGGUGGCAUCUACAAGACUGAGCCUGGUGCAUUAGCCAUCAAGUGUCCUGCUUGUCCACAACCUGGCGUAAAUUUGCCAGAGGACUGGGACAAGGUGGAGGGAUCAAUGAAAUUUCUCUACUAUUUAAUUAUUGCUAUGGAUGCUAACUUCCGUCUCAAGGACAGGGCUCGGUCUUCUAGUACGGCCGAUCCUGGGCUGCACACAGGUCUGGCGUACUUCGUUCCUGACAAACCCUAUGUGGAGCACAUACUGAAGAACGCAAGUCAAACCGAUAUUAGCACUUGUUCAGGCUUUAGGACAUUGGCACAUGCUGAAUCCAAGUACUUGAGUGGGUUGCAAGCGACUGGCAUUGGCUUAUGUCUUUGUGCGUGCCAUGAAUUUGUUCGACCUCAAGGAGUUGGAGACCUUCAAAAAGGUGAAAGAUACACUAAUAUGGAUUUUAUUUUUUUCUCGUCCAUCAUGCCUCUCCUCCUCCUCUCCAUCAUCAUAUCUUACGACAUCGCUUGCCAAUGGAAAAUCAACCUCACAAAAAGAAUCAAUGAGCUUCCAGAACACCUUCAGAUUCCAGCGGCUGUCGCUCUUGCGACGUUUAUAUUUGGAAUCCCUAAGUUUCACUGCCCUGCGCACGAGGAGAAAUGUGCGAUACCACAUUCCCUGAACCUUAUACCAGGCGUAGGACGGACUGAUGGUGAAGGAAUUGAGCGCAAUUGGGCAGAAAUGAAUCGUGUUGCGAACAGCACGAAGGAAAUGGGCCCCGGUUCUCAACACGAUGUCCUCGAUGACCAUUUCGGUCAUCACAACUGGCAUAAAUAUACUGGACUAGGACUUUCACUACGGAGAAAACUUUUAAAUGCUAUCAAGGAAUGCACUCAUCACCAGUCCUUUUUGCGCGACUUUGAUUCAUCAAUCAAUGAAGCCCUUCGAGGAGAAUGGAGUGCGAUGAUCGAGGCUUGGGAGCGCGACAAAUCAAGUCUGAACCCGUACGUGCUCAGCAGAAUCAGUCUUUCAGAAGCACAAGUACAUGUUAAUUUUGCGGAUGAGGAGAAGAUCACUAUCCGUAAUGGACGUAAACUUCCACAUGAAACGACUCCUAGUUCUUUCAUCAAUAUGGCCCUGAUUGACCUCCCAUCAUCACUGAGUGCAAAUCAAUAUGCCAAACUUCACCAACGCCGGGUCACGCUACGACGACAGCUAGACUGCUUCCACAUCAUACAGCGGGUAUAUAUGGUAGGGAUUGGAAGCUGGAUUGAACAGCAAGACAGGGAUUCAUCUGAUGACGUCGAGGAUGAAUCUCUCUGGCUACCAUCGACACUCCCUGCAAGCGAUCGAGAAGCAAUAUGUACGAAUGACAUUGCUCACAUCGAGGCUGAGCUUCGCAAGGGACAGUGUCGCGAUGCACUCGAUAGGCUCCACAGGCAUCUACAUACCAAGUCUCAUUUCAUCAAACAUCGCAAUCUCGAUUUACGUGGACAACGAGCCAACACUCGUGCGACUUCCUUUCUCGCCCGCUUUGAUAGCAAAAUCAAUGCUGCUACUGUAAAGUACUGUGUCGCUUGGUCAGCGUUGUUAGAACUGGUUGGGAUCAACGAGCUGGAGAGGGAAUUUCAAUGUUUACAGGCUAAGGAUAUUGUGGCACCUGUUGACACAGUGUCAGGUGUCAGGAGUACUACUGGAAUGCGCGGAAAAACGAGGUCCGAGAGAGACGCAUCCCGUGGAUUAGGACAAGGUUAUCAGAUGACAUCGUGGAUUUGGCUUACUUCAGGAGUUCAGGACGACAUGGGUCUAAAUGAUGUGUUGCAUGUAGAAUGGGCCAAGUCUCGCGCGCGCGCACAACGGUGGAAUGAAGAAGUGUUACUUCUCAAGGAAGAAAUGUGGCGAACACGUCAAUUUCUCGCAUGGUGUGCACAACAGUGGCGAUCCGUUACUGAACUAUCACACCAGGAUGUGCAGAUCGUGGCUGGCACCGCCGCAUAUGCCCAAAGGCAGGCAGCAAUUCAGCAUGCAUUACUGGCUCGUUUCACUAGUCUCUGGGGCACUGGAGUUAGCGCAGAUGAUACAGCCGCUGAGGAUGAAGCCACUAGAUAUAUAGCUGAGGACGAAGAUUUUGACGACGACGACGAGGGGUAG